AUGGAUACAUCAAAACCACCACCCAGUAUUUAUAUCGUCGGCGCCCAGUGCACCGGCAAGACCACCCUGGUCAACAACCUCCGAGCCUACUUUGCUAGUGCAAUUCCUUCCGCUCUGCCACCAGCCAUUGUGACUGAAGUCGCCCGCACCGUCCUCCAAACCCAUCACUUCACCGCCCGCGACGUUCGCAUCCCCGCCCGCAGUCUUGAGCUCCAACGUUUAAUUCUUCAGGCUCAAGCCAUCGCCGAGCGAGCGGCAGCGGCGGCCACACAAACAAAAGGGGAAGCAGGGCCAGGAUGGUUCAUAUCUGACCGCUCUGGUGCUGACCCCAUCGCAUAUGCAAUCCGGUAUGUCGGAUCAGAUGCGACUCAAGACUUGAUCAACUGUUCGGAAUGGUCGAGCGAGUUACGCGACCGGAUGCGUGCCUCCGUGGUCGUCGUCUGUGAGGCGAGCGGCGUCGCGGCUGGAUGGUUGACAGAUGAUGGGGUGCGGUUGAUGCCACGGGACCUUGGGGAGUGGGUAGGGUUUCAUGAGAUGUUUUGUGAGUUUUUAAAGGGGCAAGGCAUUGGGUAUCAUGUGUUGAAAGCUGAGAUAGGGGGGCAUCAAGACAGAGUCAAGUUUGUAGUGCAAAGGUGGAGAGAGAAGUUGGGGGAAGGUAACCAUUUGGGGUAG